UGGAAAUUGGAAAUGCUAUUUACUUCUUAAUUCUUGUUCAUUAUUUUGAUCAUUUAAAUAUUAUUUAAAUGCUGUUUUAAUACAAAAACGCUUUAUUAUUGCGUUGUUGAGACUUUAAGAUUAAUAAACACUACUGCUAAUAUGGUUCUAACAAAAGAAUACAGGAUUUGCAUGCCUAUUACUGUGGAAGAGUAUCGAAUAGGACAAUUGUAUAUGAUAGCUCGUCAUAGUUACGAACAAUCUACAACUGGCGAAGGAGUGGAGGUUAUAGCUAAUGAAGAAGUAACCGAUGAAGUAAACGGUGUUGGACAGUUCACUGAGAAACGAAUACAUCUUUCGAGUCACUUACCAUAUUGGAUACAGAAUAUUAUACCCCGAGUAUUUUAUGUUACUGAAAAAGCAUGGAACUAUUACCCAUACACAAUAACAGAGUACACUUGCUCCUUUAUCCCAAAGUUUUCAGUAUCUAUACAAACUAGAUAUGAGGACAAUAAUGGAACAACUGAAAAUUGUUUAUGCCUUUCUGAGGAAGAGAUUGAACAAAGGCAAGUUGAUAGUCUUGAUAUUGCAUAUGAUGAAAUCAAACCACAUCAUUAUAAGGAGACUGAAGAUCCUAAACUUUUUAAGUCCGAAAAAACUGGCCGUGGACCUUUGACCGAGGGCUGGCGUGAUACACAUAAACCCAUCAUGUGUUGCUAUAAGUUGGUAAAUGCAAAGUUUGAAGUAUGGGGACUGCAGACAAAAGUUGAAGAUUAUGUACAAAGUGCAAUCCGUGAAAUUCUUUUACUUGGACAUCGUCAGGCAUUCACAUGGAUGGAUGAAUGGUUCAACAUGACCCUUGAAGAUGUGAGAAAUUAUGAAAAGGACAUGCAGGCAAAAACAAAUAUCAAGGUAAAGACUGCUCUUGAGAAUGCAGAGGGUGAAAGCCAAUCUCCACCUCCUACCCCGAAAUCGCCAAAAUCUCCGAAAACACCGAAAACCCCAUCAACAUCUGGGACACCCACAGAGACAAAGUCUUGGUUUUCGUGGUCCUAAAGUGUGUCCCCAACAUUUAAAAAACAAAACCUACCACUGUCAGAAACAGGGUUAAUAAUUUAAUAAAAUAAUAUAAUUUUUGGUUCUAAGGUCUCUUUAGUGUCACACACUCUGUUGUUAGAAAUAUAUUUAUUAUUGAUUGGUGCACCAGCAUGCAUUCUUAAAAUAAAAUUACUAAAAUAUUAUAAAAAAUAAUAUUAGUGGGCUGACUUAAAACUUAACUAUGUAAGCUAAGAAUAUUCCUGCUAAUUCUGAUUUUGAAAUGAAAUUCAGUUGACUAAAAUUAUCAGGAAUUAAUAUAAAUACACUAUAACCAAAUUUAUCAGAAUUUUGCAAUUAUUUAUUUUAUAAUUAUUUGGUGCUUUGUAAAGCUUGCGACACAUUGAGACUUAAUCGAAAUAUAGCGGCCAAAGUGUAUUUUCUUUUUAAUAUUUUGAACAUAUGAAGCUAAAGUAAAACUUUAAACCUUUUGAUUCAAUCACAUAUUUUAUUAUACAUACAAAUUAGCAUCUGUUUUGAUCAAUUCACUGAUUGAUUCAAAAAGGUCACUUUACAUUAGCUAUGUUAUUCAUGUUUAAGAAAACUAAUGUGUAUUUUUACUGUAUGAAACCAUUUAAAAUAUGGUUAUGUUUUUGUAAAAUGCAAAGUUGCAAAGUUUCUAAUCGCUAUACCCUGUCUUUUGGGAUAUCUGUAGUUCAAGUCUAAACAUAAAUCUAAUAUUCAUUGUGACUUGCAUUUUGGCCUAAUUGUCAUUGACACAUUAAAAUAGAGCAAUAUCACAAAAAUUUUAAUAAUAUUAAUAGUAUAGGAUCAGAGUUUGGGGUCAUAAUAAAUUUUACGAUUUCAAUUAAUUUAUCGCAUCGGUUAACUCACGUGGAGUCCAAGGUCAAAUCUAAUAUUCAUCUAGUUUCUGAUGAAACAAUGUUUUGGGUUGGUAGGCUCGGAAGACUUCAAACAAUAAUUAUGAAGGAUUUUCGCAGUGAUAUGUUUGAUAAGAAAUACUCUAGCUAGAUAAUUAUUAUUGUUGUUGUUUUGUGGCCUAAUAUAAGUAUUAAUUUGUAGAUUUAUAGUAGAUUAUUUAUUCUCGUUUCAUUGAUAUUAACAUUCCAAUAUUACAAGACUCUCGGUUGAAUCAAACUAAAAUCUAAUCAACAUUUUUAAAGUGAUAAAGAUAUACCAUGUAAUAGCUGUUUGAAGUUUUUAGUACGCACGAAUAAAGGUAUUGUAUGAAUAGUUCUAUAGUGGUUUUUAUGUUUUUAAGUAGGUGAUCGAACAAAUGUACAAAUAAUUAUUAUUUAAUGGUGUUACGUGUGCAAUUUAGUUGUCAAUAAGCAAUAAUUAUUAUAUAAUUGUUGCGGCACAAAUAGCUGCCAUGUUUUUACUUUUGAUUAUUUUAGCAUUUAAAAGUUUAUAUUGUGUUUUUUAGUAUGCACGAAUAUUGUUGAUAUACGAGUUAAAAAUAUAAAGAAUUAAGAAUGUAAAGUCAGUGGUAUUUGCUGUUACAAAUGUGUGUUUAAAACGAAAAACGCUAGAAAAAAUUAAAGUUGUCAUGCCUACGUGCUUUCAUAUCAUAUUUUUUAAUUGUAAUAAAUAUAUGAUGUAUA